AUGUCGAACAAGGUCCACAUGCUGGACUAUGUCGCCGGCAACGUUCGCAGCUUGGUCAACGCUAUCGAGAAGGUCGGCUACGAGGUCGAAUGGGUCAGGAAGCCAGAAGAUGUUGCCUCAGCAGAUAAACUAAUCCUCCCCGGCGUCGGCCACUUCGGCCACUGCCUCUCCCAACUCUCCCAAGCCGGCUUCCUCCCCGCCGUCUCCGCCCACAUCGCCUCCGGCAAGCCCUUCAUGGGCAUCUGCGUCGGCCUCCAGGCCCUCUUCGAGGGCUCCCUCGAGGACCCCGCCGUCCCCGGCCUCGGCGUCGCAAAGGGCCGCCUCGACGCCUUCGACUCCUCCACGGGCAAGUCCGUCCCCCACAUCGGCUGGAACAGCGCAAACACCGGCGGCGCCGCCCUCUACGACCUCCGCCCCGAGUCCAAGUACUACUACGUCCACACCUACAAGUUCCCCUACGUCCGCGGCCAGCUCGAGGCCGACGGCUGGACCGUCGCGACCGGCACCUACGGCGACGAGACCUUCGUCGGCGCCCUCGCCCGCGGCAACGUCUUCGCGACCCAGUUCCACCCCGAGAAGUCCGGCGCCGCAGGCCUGCGCUGCCUCCGCGCCUUCCUCGACGGCUCCGGCGCCGCCGCCCUGGCCUCCUCCACCACGACCCCGUCCCCGGAAGCCCUCCCCUUCCAGGACGGCCUCACCCGCCGCGUCAUCGCCUGCCUUGACGUUCGCGCAAACGACCAGGGCGACCUCGUCGUCACAAAGGGCGACCAGUACGACGUCCGCGAAAAGACCGACGGCGGCAACGUCCGCAACCUCGGCAAGCCCGUCGAGAUGGCCCGCAAGUACUACGAGCAGGGCGCCGACGAGGUCACCUUCCUCAACAUCACCUCCUUCCGCGACUGCCCCCUCGCCGACGCCCCCAUGCUCGAGAUCCUCCGCCGCACCGCCGAGACCGUCUUCGUGCCCCUCACCAUCGGCGGCGGCAUCCGCGACACCGUCGACACCGACGGCACAAAGGUCUCCGCCCUCGAGAUCGCCACCAUGUACUUCAAGUCCGGCGCCGACAAGGUCUCCAUCGGCUCCGACGCCGUCCUCGCCGCGGAGGAGUACUACGGCGCCGGCCGCAAGCUCUUCGGCAACACCGCCAUCGAGCAGAUCUCAAAGGCCUACGGCAACCAGGCCGUCGUCGUCUCCGUCGACCCCAAGCGCGUCUACGUCCCCAAGCCCGACGCCACCCGCCACAACAUCAUCAAGACGGCCCACCCGGGCCCCAAGGGCGAGGAGUACUGCUGGUACGCCUGCACUAUCAAGGGCGGCCGCGAGACGCGUGACAUGGACGUCGUCGAGCUCGCCCAGGCCGUCGAGGCCAUGGGCACCGGCGAGAUCCUGCUCAACUGCAUCGACAAGGACGGCACCAACAGCGGCUUCGACCUCGAGCUUGUCAGCCAGGUCAAGGCCGCCGUCAAGAUCCCCGUCAUCGCGUCCAGCGGGGCCGGGCACCCGAUGCACUUUGAGGAGGUCUUUGAAAAGACGACGACGGACGCCGCGCUGGGGGCCGGAAUGUUCCACCGCGGGGAGUACACCGUCAAGGACGUCAAGGAUUUCCUGGCCGGCAAGGGGCUGAAGGUGAGGCAGUUUGAGGCGAGCGUUUGA